AUGUAUUUGUCUCCAUUCUUGUCAACAGCAGAAUCUCGUUUUUUAAUGCACGUUUUCCGAACCGAAACUGCUACAAGACUUUUCCCAGCAGCUCCACCAGUUUUUCUCCAAAGAAUGAUAACUGGUGCUCUGGAAAAACCUCAUCUUCUAUAUGCGCUGCUGGCAGCGGCCUGCAGCCACCACAGUCGUCUUGUUCAGCAAGAAACGCACCAGAGAUCAAUAGUAGCCGGUCUAAAAUAUACAAAUUUGGCAAUCUCCAAUUUGCGUUGCGCGCUCGCAGACGAGGAUGAAAUGCUGAAACCCGAAACCGUUACGACGGCAAUGACACUGUGCACAAAUGAUGUCUGUAACGGAAACAUGGAUAUAUGGAAUGUCCACCUUGAUGGAGUCAUUCGAUUACUUACUGCAUUUAUGAAGAAUCAGAGGGAAACUUCCCGAAUCGAACCCUAUGCCCAAUGCUUGGUGAAGUGGUGCAUAAGUAUGGAUGUUCUGGCGGGAUUUUCGGGACUUCACGCUGUUCAAAGCGAACUAUUAAACCAAGUACCAUCCCAAUUUGUUGAUGAGAUCGACGAUAUUCUUGGUUAUUCCUUGAAGUUGGCUCCACUUCUUGCACAACUGCCACAGUUAGCGAAGCGCCAGGAGCUGCCGUCGACGACUGCAGAGGCAGAGAUGCUUGAAGCCAAAAUCUCUCAUUUAAUCGGUGUGACUGUCUCUGAAGCGCAAAUAGACAGCAUGGGUGACCUUGCUACAGAGCUACAGUAUACCCACCUUGCAUUUGUGUACUCUGCUUUGCUAUACCUCCACCGUCGUGUACAGAGCCUUCCUAGGAACCACAUCAAGGUUAGGAAAGACGUCACCAAAAUUAUCGACUCCAUUCAACGGAUAGGGCCCUUUUCCUCGGCAAAUAUUCUUAUUCUGUGGCCCAUGUUUACUGCCGGUUGCGAAACCGAGAUCAAUAACGAACGCCAAUAUAUCCAAAAUCGGAUGAAUAAUAUGCAGUGCUUUGGCAUGGGGAAUUAUACACGAGCUCGAGAAUUUUUGUCAAAUUUCUGGGCUUCUGAAACAAUCAUCCCCUGGGAGGUGUAUCUUUCGCACAUGGGAAAACAGGUGGUGUUGUUUUGA